CCAAGAUGCACAUAUGCACUUGAUCCACUAGAACUAACACAAAAUGAUUAAUUUAAGGUACUUAAUGUUAGUGGUAGUGGUAACUAUAAUUGGUGAAUUUAAUUGUGAUGCUCAACUGCUACAAAGAAGUAGAUUUAGAAGACUCAAUAAACCGUCGGGACUUAAAUUAAAGCAGCGUCUUCAAGAGAAACUCAAUCAAUAUCGUCAAAGGACAAUUCAGACUAUUUGCUAUGAUCCCGUUGGUUGCUUCGAACUCCCCCAUAAAAGGUCGCCGCUGCAGAAAAUACCCGAGAAUCCCGAUACGCUCAACACGAAAUUCUUCCUCUUUACUAGAGAAACUAACUUUUCUAAUCCGGAAAUUAUCCGCUACGACGACGAGGGAAAAUCACUGAAUAAUUCCAAAUUCAAUUAUUCGCUGCCGUUGAAGAUGAUCAUCCAUGGUUAUAUGGGGAAAUGGAACGACGUCGGAACACUGAUCGGGGCUAACACUUACUUGAAAAUUUAUGAUUGCAAUAUGAUUUUGAUGGACUGGAGUGUGGGUGCUAGAGGGCCUCAGUACACGAUGGCGGCGGCUAACACCGAAGUAGUGGGUCGCCAGUUGGGGAUGUUGUUGUUGAAAAUGGUAGAAAAUGGGUUAAAACCUGAAGAUAUACAUUUGCUGGGGUUUUCGCUAGGGGCGCACGUGGCAGGCGCUUCUUCUGAGGUUUUGAAGAAAAAGGAUCACUUGAUAGGGAGAAUAACGGGCUUAGAUGCUGCUAGUCCGUUGUUCAGAAACAACCAUCUACGGGAAAAACACAAGAAACUGGAUAAAGAAGAUGCCCACUUUGUUGAUGUGAUUCAUACUGAUUCCAGUCCGUCGAUAACAGACGGGUUUGGAUUGUGGCAACCUAUUGGACAUGUUGACUUUUUUCCAAAUGGUGGACAAGAACAGCCCGGAUGUACCGAUACUAGACAAUCGAUUGUGGUAACUCAUUUUGGUGAUAAAACUCUAACUCGCGAUGUAGCCUGUAGCCACAUCCGAGCUUGGCGUCUUUUCCAAGAAACCCUCCUCAACAAAGCCGCGGGCAACGAAAACCGCUGCGAAUUCACAGCUUUCAGUUGUCCUGGAGGAUUAAAGUCCUUUGAAAGGGGAUUCUGCUUCCCGCAUUUACCGAAUCCGAACAGUUCCUUAGCGUUCGCUUCGAGCUACAGGAGCGACAUCGGGCGUUUCGGGGAGGACAUCAAAGGAGAAGGAGUGAUGUUUUUCGUGACCAGAGGGUCGCCUCCCUAUUGCGGGACUCAAGUGCAAGCCUCGAUUCACAUUUCACCCAAAACUGGCCCGACUAAGGGGGUUUUGUUGCUGAAUUUGAAAUACCCGCAUCACAGCGUGGCGUUCCAAAUCGAGUGCGAUUCCAAUGAUUUUAUUUUGACUGGGAGUGUGAUGAGCGGUCUAGCGGUGGCCGACUAUGGAACACUGACCGAAAAUAUUCAAACUAUUGCAGCAAAUUUAAAAUACAUAGAUUUGGACUUUGAAGAAGAGAAUAAUAACACGUAUAUUCCGCCCGUGUUCGUCGACAAAGUAGUUGUCAGAGACAUGUACAGCAACACCUGGCAGUUCUGCCAAAAAGACACGAUUCUGAAGGACUCAGCCGGCGAUAAUUACGUUCUGGAGAUAAACUUGUCCCGAGAGAUCUGUUUUUGAGUGCGAAAAAUCACUCGACAAACAUUGUGAUAGUAAAUUUUAUGUUUUGUUUUAUAAUAAAAACCAUUCAAAAAAC